UUUUCGCUGCUGCUCUCUGUUCAAAUAGCUUUUGAUCGAGCUCUGUGAUUCUGUUAAAUCAGUUUCUCAGGCGACGGGAUCCCGAAAUCGGAAACCGUUUGGGGUUUUAUACUUUUGAUUUUUUUUUCCUCUCGAUUUCAUUCGAUUUGGGAACACGAUGGAGCCGGGGCAGGGUACCGUUGUAUUCGGGUCGUGGAUCCGGAGACCGGAGAGCGUGAAUUUGGUCGUUUUGGGGAAGUCGAGAACUAGCGGCGGCCGCCAUUUUUCUUCUUCCUCCCCAUCUUUGCUCGAGAUCUUCUCCUUCGAUCACAACACCGCCUCUAUUUCUUCCUCUCCCUUGGCUACGUACGAGUUGGAAGAAGCAGACGGCGAUUUAGUUUCGAUUGCGGUGCACCCCACAGGAGACGAUUUCGUGUGUUCCACUACCAAUGGUGGCUGCAAAUCAUUUGAGUUGCAUGGCGAAGAAACAAACUUCACGUUACUGGCCAAGGACUUGCCGGCUCUUCAAAGUUUCGGUCCCCAAAAGUGCCUGGCUUUCAGCGUGGAUGGUUCUAAAUUUGCCUCUGGUGGUGUGGUAAGCAAAUUCCAUCGAGUGUUCUUUUUGUGCUCUAUGAUGGUCCUUUUACAAAUGCCAGUAGUAAAAUGCAGUUGUUUGUUCAAUCAACUACAGGAUGGGCAUCUCAGGAUUCUGAAUUGGCCAAGUCUCGGCAGCAUUCUUGAUGAACCAAGAGCUCACAAAUCUUUCCAUGAUAUGGAUUUCAGCCUAGAUUCAGAGUUCUUAGCUUCAACAUCUAUUGAUGGUUCUGGGAGAAUAUGGAAGACAGAGGAUGGUUCGCCUGUGGCUUCUUUGGCUCGAAGUGCUGAUGAAAAGAUCGAAUUAUGCCGAUUCUCCAAGGAUGGGACAAAACCCUUUCUGUUUUGUGCUGUUCAGAAAGGUGAUAAGGCUGUCACUUCAGUUUAUGAUAUAAGCUCGUGGAAGAAAAUUGGCUUCAAGAGACUUCUUAAAAAGCCUGCUUCUAUUAUGUCUGUGAGCCUGGAUGGGAAAUAUCUUGCCCUGGGAAGUAAGGACGGCGACAUAUGUGUAGCUGAAGUGAAGAAGAUGGAAGUCAGCCACUGGAGCAGGAGGCUGCACCUUGGUACAAACAUCACAUCUCUGGAGUUCUGUCCCAGCCAGAGGGUUGUGCUUACCACCUCGAAUCAGUGGGGUGCCGUUGUAACAAAGCUAACUGUUCCAGCAGAUUGGAAAGAGUGGCAGAUCUAUGUGCUGCUACUGGGACUGUUCUUAGCAUCCGCCAUUGCGUUCUACGUUUUCUUCGAGAACUCGGAUUCGUUUUGGAACUUCCCUCUUGGGCGCGAUCAACCGGGCAGAUCGAGGAUUCAACCCAUCUUCGGGGACACGCAGUCCUCCCCUGAAGACCCAUUCGGGCCUGUAGAUUUGUGACCCUGCAGAGUGCUGUUUUUAGCCUGUAGAAAACCCAGCUGCAGCUAAAUGGUGGAAAUAAAUAAGGGGCUUUUGUGGUAGUUUUUGUUAACACGUUUUGAGAUUUCCUCAUGAGUAGUCGAAGGAUUCUAACACAGCGGCUGGUAGCUUUAGCUGCAUCUGGUGUUUCGUUUGUCAUUAAUCCUUGACAGGGAAAAAUUUCAGGAAAAUCCAGGAAUCAUUUCGAAGCUGUAAUUAGUAUAAGAAUGUGUGUUAUAUUCAUGGAGUUCAAAGAACUUGUUUAUAUUGAUUGAAGCUCACAAUGAACUUAUCAGGCGCUUAUAUGUAACUC